UGCCUCAACGCCAACGGUGGCUACAUUCCGCCCUAUUUUAUAUUCAAAAGAAAGAGGGAAAAUCCUCUUUUAAUAAAAAAUGGCCCGGUCGGCUGUAAGAUGGCGGUCACUGACAAGGGAUAUGUUGUCACUCCUACAUUUAUUAAGUGGUUAAAACACUUUGCAGAACAUGCCAAACCCACUCCGGAAGCUCCUGUUCUUCUUAUUCUGGACAAUCAUGCCUCGCAUGUUUCAAUCGAAUCAAUAUCUCAGGCUGAAGCAUUGAAUGUGGUUAUGCUCAGCUUGCCACCCCAUACGAGCCACAAAACUCAGCCACUCGACCGGGUGUUUUUUAAACCCCUCAAAACCUACUACAACGAGGUCACGGAUUCGUGGCAAUCGUCCCACCCCCCUCAGGUAAUAACAGUUUAUCAUGUCGCUGAGCUCUUUAAACGGGCUUAUGAAAGAACAGCUACCAUUGAAAAAGCAACUGCCUCCUUCCGCGCAGCGGGAAUCUUUCCCCUGGAACCCGGGGUUUUCUCGGAUGCUGAUUUUCUUCCGAGCCGAGGUGACGGAUCAAAGUCCGGAAGAAGAUGAUAUCGUUAAAGAACCAAUGCUAGAUUUUGGCGACGAUAACUGUGAUGCCGUUCUCGACUUCCCUGUUCCUGGACCUUCAAGACUGCCUGAUCCUGUUUUAUCUACUGAUUCUCCUGGACUUGUCUCCACGUCAUCUCUUGUGUCAGUUGUGUCUCCAGCAGACAUACUACCGCUUCCCAAAGCAACACGACGUAAGCGGAGCGGAAGAAGUUUAAAGUCGACACUUCUAACAUCUUCUCCGCGCAAGAAAGCCCUUCGGGACAAAAAAUUACAAGCUGAAAGGUUGGUCAAAGAAAGAGAAGAUCGUAAAAUUAAAAAUGCAAUGAAACGGAAAGACAAGCUCAAGAUGGCAGCAAAGCUGAAGAAGAAGCCACCACGUAGACUUCAGUUUGAUUCAGAUGACUCAUCUCAGUCUCAGUCUAUUUCAUCUGGAACUUCGGUCUACAACGAGUCAGAAUCUGACAGUGAUCAGAAGAUGGAAGAAUCGUCUGAGCGGAUGGUGCCUCCAAAGAGGUGCAUAGGCGAAUUUUGUAGCGUUCGAUAUGAAGAAAAACUGUUGCCACUGUAUCAUCAAUGGUGAAAGCUGGAAAAUUAUGGAAAUGGCCCGACCGGCCUGACAUUCUCGAUUAUGAAUGGGGAUCAGUCGUUUCGAGUAUAAAGGAGCCAAAAAAAACCAGCACAACCCGAAAUGUUUAUUCAGUCAGUGAACUGGAAUGGUUUUACUCAUAACAGUGAAUAAAUAAACUGAUUAAAGUUAA